AUGACAGUUCUUCAGGAUGCCGUUGCUCCGCCGCAUGAUGUGGUUCGCGCCCACCUCAACCUGGCUGCCCCAACAACACGAACCUUGACUUUUUUGCGAGCUAUUCUCGGCCUUGGUUCCUUCGAUGAGUGUGGAUCGAAGGCCGUUCGUGCUUCAAGCAAAAGGGCCGUGCAGGCAAAAGGCUCUAGCAUAAGUCGACCGCCAAUCAGACAGGCAAACAGAAGUAAGCAAAAGCCAGGCGCAGUAAUCCAGAUCCAUGAGUGCAACGACGAGCAGGCACCGCGUCUGUCGCCGGCCGAGCGGCGGAAGAUUGCCACUGAAACAUUGAACUCCACGUUGAAAUGUCUGGGAGAGGCUGCCAAAGCUCUGAGAGAAGCUCCAGCAACGAACACUGCGCCGUCGUUCCACGCCCAUAACGAACCACUUCAAUCACUAUCACCGAACAAGGGGCGCAAGAAACCUGCCAUCAGCUGCAAGAAAGGCACUCCCUGCACUCAACCAACGGACUGGGGCUUAUUUGCAGAUAUUUCCUACUCUGCCUUGCAAUUUUUGAGGAAGGAUGUUCCCAAAGAUGUGACGCCGAUCGCGGACAGCAGCCCCGGCUUGGAAAACGCUGCGUUGAUCUUGCUGGACAGAAGCAUCUCCUUGAGUCUCAGAGCCCAAGCACAACGUCAGCUCUGCGACAUUCACGAAAUAUACUGGGGAGAUGAGCCCAAAAAGAGACCUGCUCCUCUUGCCGGGAUCGCGAGGUUUCUCAUAGGACGGCCAGACGCAGCAGAUGACGGUCAAAGGUUCCGACUCACGGCAGCUUUGCAAAGCCAAGCUCUACGUUUUGCUCUGCUGGUGGGGCCAGAAUGUAUCGACUCGGAGCUUUUGAGGUCACUUCAACAGGAUACCAUUGGUAGUCCAGCCUGGGUCACGUCGAAAGGACUGGACAAAAAUCUCUUAACGCUGGAGCAGUCUGGUUUGCAGCAUCGCACUAUCUCUCUCGCCCUGUCGAAGCUGUACGCGCUGUCCACAAACUCAAAAGCAGAGAGCUCAUCACCUCAGCAUCUUUUUAAACUCUUUUGCUUGUCAUUACGCAUCAAGUUCGAAUCUUGGGUUCACCUUGGCCACUUACCGGACCCAGCAGCAGAAGUGUGGCGACCGCUUCACAAAGCGAUCAAGCGACUAUUCGCGACCUCCAAGGAUCUUAACGCAUCGACAACUUGCAUGUUUGAAGAACUUGCUCCGUUUCAGAAGCUUAUGAAGGUAGCAAAGUGCGAAUUUCAUGUUCCCGCAGAUCUGAUGGAGACUCUUUUGAAUAUUGUCCGGGAUCUAGACGAGUGCCCUCAGCUCAUUGCUUUCGUGGAAGAGCAGCUCCGGCAGACUAGCGGAGCUUUCAAUCUGACACUACAGUGCCAAAUUGCAUUAUCACGCCUUAGAGCUUCAAAGGGAUUCCCAAAGAUAUUGGAAUCGUUGAAAAGCGUGGAGGGUGCUCUUGCAGAGGCAAGAGAACUGUCUGCAUUAGAGCUGGACAGGUUCCUACUGUAUCUGGCCCAGCUUCGCAAAGCAGCCGCCCAACUGAUCUCGUUUGACAAAGCACGACCUGUUGUGGAAGAAAAUAGACCGUCACGAGGUUUACAGAGGAUCCUUAUCCGCUUGACCUAUUGUUCCUUCAGCUUCUUAUGUCGGCACAUCGGUUCAGUUCUGGUGCCAAGUUCAGAAAAUCCGAGCGUCGAGCAUCGCAACGCCUUCCUAAUCACACUCUUGAAGACGAUUGAUGCUGUUCUGUCCACCGAACAAUGUGCCAUCACGCGAGACUCAGACCUGGCGGCGGAGGCAUUGGAAGCUUUCAUAGGCUGCUCAAAAGUAAUCCAGACUCUUCGAGUCGAGUACGUUUGCUUUAUCACUCAGUGCCAGAUGGAGUCGUCACUCAACCAGUUGAGAGUACGGAUCUCUCAGUCAUUUUGGUCACGGUACUCGGAAACCGUCAGGGAGGGCAAAUCUCCUUUGGAGCAGGCAAAGAAUCUCGACUUGUCCCUCGUGGGCCUGUUGGAUUUGCCAUCGAGCGAGCAAAAGGCAGCGCAUAUCGUGCUCAAAUAUGAGAGGCUAGCAGCCUGUUACUUGGAGGUAAACAACUUUCAAAUGGCCGAAACCGCUCUUCGAAAUGCAAUCGAAAUCAGCAUCAAGCAAGGCGUCCUCAGUCAGGCUGUGGAAUUGCUCCUUUCUGCUCCAUUUCCUUGUCCAUGGUCCAAUUCCGAUUCGGGGUGCAGAGCCUUUGGAAGAAUCUUAAGUACAUAUUCCAAAACUGUCCUGAAUCAUACCUCGAUAAGCGGAGACGACGGCAGCUUUUAUGACGAUUCAUCAUUACCACCACUUCAUCGUGCAGUGCUGCUUGAGAAGCAGUUACUUGCUAUGUUUGAGCUCAGCAUGGACGACCAUCGACUCAGGCUGUGUUCAACAACGGUGAAGACUAUACUGUCGCUCCUGCAGCAACCAGAAUAUCAGGUGUACAUCAUGAGGCUUAUUAACCAGCUACUACAGUUGGCCCUGAAGAAGAGGUUGCCACCUUCAAGCUUUAUCCUUGACUCCUCUGUUAUUCACGGGCUUCUUGCGACUUCCCUCACAACAGGGAAAAACGUCUUCCUGACCAGGUAUGAGCCAGAACUUCGUUCGCUCCUUUACCUUCAACAUGGGUUUUUCACUGGACUGGUUCCCAGACAAGUAUUGUCGCAAGAGGUAAAACAACUGUGCGAGAUCAUUCGGACCUGUAAAACUGGUGAAGAGGCACGUGUGAAAUGUAUUGAUGUCGGAGCACACCUCGCUCCUCUACUGCUUUCAGUCGAAUAUGCGGCAAUUCUUGGAAAUUAUGGGAUCGGCUUGAUGGCCCUGGAAACUUUACAAUACCUAAUGGGGCUUGGAGUUGACGGUCAAAUGGUGUCACACAAGAGGAUCCUCCUCCGCCAAGGUCAAUUCCACGACAUGCUGAAGGACCUUCAGUCUGCCCAGAAGGCUUUCUCCAUGAUCGAAAAGGAAACUGAAGACAACAGCGACCCAUUGUUCGAAGUUGAAUUUGCACUCGCCUGUGCAGAACAUCAUCUAGUUGCGGAAGAUCUUGAUGAGUGCUCCAAGUGGCUAGAACGUGCUCGAAGUGCAUGGCAGGCCAGGGGAAGAUCAGAAACGGGGAUUUCAGCCAAGGCUAGAUUGCGAGAACAGAGUAUGUGGUGUAGAGCUGCUCAUUUGGCGUCGCGACUGGCUUAUGAGUCAGGACAGCUUGCAAACGCGAUCGUUCUCGCACGACAGUCCGCAAAAGUCUCGGCAAGUAUUUGGUCUUCAGUUGAAAAAGUCUGGACUUCCGCAACUCCUGUACAAUCAAACGGAUCGACCAAUCCUGCACUGCACGGUCUGUCCGUCGACUUCUCCAAUCUUGAUCUAUGCAGCCCUCCGGUGGUACGAAUGCCGUCGAGCGCAGUCAUGCUUGGGCCCGAGGUGUCGUUAUGUUGCUCAGUGUUCAGCCAUAUGGCAUUUCUAAAUGCCCAUUGUGGCGUAUAUCAGGAUGCCGCCAUGUUUUAUGAGCAAACGCUGAAGGCUGCUCGAAAAUGGGGGUAUUCAAUUCAUACGUCAGUUGCCCUGAGUGAACUGGGUCUCCUGCAUGCUCGAGCUGGCCAGGUCGAGAAGGCACAGGUUAUGCUUCAAGAGCUGUCGCAGAUCACCAAGGACUUCGAUGCACACUGGGUACAGGCUCUUAUAUCCCUCAACCAAGUCGAAACGUAUAUAAUCCUCGGGGACGAUCCAGCCGCUUCUCAGUGCUUGAUCGAGGCAAAGCAGCUUCAGAUCGACAAGGAUACUCCAUCCACCAAGCUGAUAAUGAGCAAGUUCCAGAAAGAUACUGCCACCCGCGGCCCGGCAAAGCCUUCAGGAAGAAAACGCACCGUCAAGGGACAGAGAGGGAAUGACUCAAUGAGAGCCACGCCGAAAGAGUGUGUCCCGUCCCCUAAAUCUUCUUUGGGCCUGAGCGGCUACAGUGCGAGAAUCUCAAUGUUGGAAUCUAGACUUCAGACAUUCUACGGUCACGCAGGUUCGACCAACCCACCCGAUACUGACUCUCGAUGCGACAGAGAUGAGGACGGCCGUAACUCCACAUCCAUCGCUCUCAGCUUGGUCCACUCUGCGCUCAAAAUUUUCUCGGAAGAUACCAUACAUAAUGUGCUCGCCGAAACAGCUGUCGCUAUUCCAGUAAGGUAUCGAUCAGCAAGAAAAAGUGGCAGGGUUUCAUUUAUUCAACCUGUGUGUCCUCGGGCUUUUGAGGAAAAGAACCAGGACCCAAAGAAGCGGUCGAAGCAAAAGCAAGCGGUAGAGACCGUCAAGGAUGGAAAAGUACUGCUGCUUCAAGCCUACGAUAUUCUCCGCGAAGUCAGCGACAAAGAGCAAAAUCGAAUACCUUGCGACAUUGUUCACGCUCGCCACAAACUGCUGGCCCAGAUCAGUCUGCUUUCAUCAGCCUUGAAUCAACCAUUGGUUAGCUGUACUUCAAACGUCGUGUUAGACAUGACCAGUCCCCUCGAUCUCGCCCAUACGCGGGAGCGCUUCCUGACUUCGGGUGAGCUGAGUGCGACCAGGAUAACGAGCAUGGAAGAAUGGCCUAGUGCGCAACAUCUCGAUGACACCCGCACAUGUCAAAACUCAGAUGUACUCGAAACGUACGACACGAGCGUUUUACCGACAUCAUGGUCAGUCGUGUACCUUGGACUGAACGAGGAUAGGAAUGAGCUUUUUGUGGCCCACUUGGCGCACCAGCGGUCGCCAUUUGUUGUCAGGAUUCCUCUAGCACGACCAGAUCCAUCAGAAGGAGACUGUGAGGAACUUGACCUGAAGAGUGCCAAGGCGAAGAUGCAGUAUAUCAUCAUGAAAGCAACCUCUAGUGCACACGAUGCCAGGGGUUCAUCGGUCGACAAGUCUGUCAGAAAGGCGUGGUAUGCCGAGCGUCAAGCCUUGGAUCAUGAGCUCGCCACGUUGCUAGAAAACAUCGAGAGCAUCUGGUUUGGUGGCUUUCGAGGACUACUCUCUGCUCCUGAUAUUGAUGAGACCGGACUUAAGAAGUUCGGACAAUGUCUCUCUUCAACACUGCACCGGCACCUUCCCUCCAGGCAGAAAUCGUCCAAGUCAUGCGACCCGGGGAUCGAACUCCAUGAUCAUGUGCUGGAGCUUUUUGUGGCACUCGGCCAUCCCCGGGAGGUGGAGUUGGAGGACGCGGUCACAGACCUCCUGUACUUCGUUGUUGAUAUCUUGCAAUUCAAUGGCGAGCGUAACGCAUAUGACGAGAUCGAUUUUGAUGCCAUGUUGGUGGAGGUAUUGGACGCCCUGCAUUCUUACCACGAUCGGCAAUCAACCUCGCAGGAGAAACAGCGCCAUGUAAUCCUGGUCUUGGAUAAAGAGUUACAAAUGUUUCCCUGGGAGUCGCUAUCAUGCUUAAAAAACCAAGGCGUUUCCAGGAUGCCAUCCAUCGCAUCUGUUUGGGAAAGAUUGAGGGCCAUUGGAGGUCAAGGGCACAACCUCGAAGGUCACAUGGUUCCGAGAACAGACGGUUCAUAUAUCCUCAACCCGUCUUCUGACCUAAGGGCAACACAAGAGACAUUUGGCCAAAUUUUCCAGAAUCAGCUGCCCGGAUAUCGAGCUAUUGUCAAUCGGCCGCCUGAGGGGAACGAAUUCGAGGCGGCUUUGCGGGACAGUUCGCUCAUGCUCUACUUCGGUCACGGCGGCGGUGGGCAAUACAUCAGACCUCGCACGAUCCGUAGGAUGGACAAUGCCAAACUGACCGAAUGUGGGGUAUAUGAGCCGCAUGGCACGCCUCUGACUUAUCUCAGCGCAGGGAGCCCGGCCGUGGUAGGGACACUGUGGGAUGUCACCGAUCGGGAUAUUGACCGUUUCGCCAUGGAGCUGAUGGGCGAAUGGGGAUUGAUCGAUAUUGGUGCGAGCUCAGCAGCACAGGCACGACUCCACAGGCCUGGAAACGCCAGAGCUGGCGAAGAGAAUGGAAAGAGGCACCAUGGGCAGAAGGUUGGUUCGGUGUCUUUGGAUGCGGCUGUGGCACACGCCCGUGAUGCGUGCCUGUUGAAGUAUCUCAACGGGGCAGCGCCUGUUAUGUAUGGAAUCCCGGUGUUUUUGGGCUAG